AUGCAACGGAACUUACAGUGGCUGUGGCGUCUCGGCGCCGACUAUCGGGGCUUCUGCCCUCUUCGGGAAAUCUCGCGGCCUUCCUCGUCGAGACUGACGAGCGUAGACCCGAGCGGCGACGGACGUUUCUCUUCUGCUGCUUACCUCCGGCCGAUUCGCCGAGUCUCGCUUGUCGGCGAUUGCUGCGCGAGAAGUCGCGAGGCCGCGCCGUCGGAAGGAAGAGAGAACUGGGACGGAGAGGCUGAGGCGGCUCUGCGUUGCUGCGGUCACAAGAACCUGAACGGAAAGCAGGAGGAACAGGCAGUGCAGGGGCCGCAUCCUCACGAGGCGAGCCGAGGAGAACCGUUCUGCUCGAGAUGCUUUUAUGAAACUUUCGUGAUGACCCGAACUCCCGCCCUCAUUGUGUCUUGGGCGUCCGAAGACAAGCUCCGUCCACCGCUCCGAAGCAAAGCGAUAACUGGACAGGCAACCAAAACUCGAAAACGAGAGAGGACAUCUUCGCCCUCUUCUCUCUCUUCGGCCGCUUCGCCUUCGUCGCUUGCUUCUUGCCUCUCAGGGUCGGUCGUGGACGUCGCUCUUUUGCAGCGAGAGUGGCUGCAUGUUGCAGCCUUGAAGCGGCGAGCGGGCACCCUGGAGGUGGACGUGGAAGAGCGAGAGCGACGCACAAGUGUCUCUUCGAGGAACGGCGAAAGGGGCGCAGCAGGCGCCUUCGGCGAGGCCAACCGUGAGGCGAACUUCGGGCAGGGCGCGUUUCGGCGUUGCCGUUUUGCGGAGUUCCUGGACCGCCUCGAAAACGGCGACGAAACGCUCUAUCUCACCACUCAGCGAGUUCCUCAUUCGCGCGACGGUCCUCGACGCCUCUGUGGGGCACCUCUGAUGAGCCCGCUGGCCGUCGAUUUUCCUGCAGUUCCUUCUCUGUUUGGCAAUCUACAGCCGUACCAGUACAACCUUUGGUGCGGCCAUGCAGAGUCGGGAAGCACAACGGGACUCCAUCACGACUUCCAUGACAAUUUGUAUGUUCUCCUCCGAGGCCGCAAGAUUUUCCGGCUGUUCAGUCCGCGGUGCGCGGGCCUUCUUCCCACGAAAGGCCAGGUGACGCGAGUCUAUCCAAAUGGGUUGAUUUGUUAUUCGUCUUAUAUUCGAGAGGAUGGCGGGCACGAGCAUGCAGUGAGAAGGUGGAAGCAGGAGAAGGCCGAAGAGCGCCUCUCCCUGCUCCAGGAACGGCUAGAGGCAUGCACCCGGAGGAGGAGCGAGGCCGCGAAGGAGACAGGAGACAGGGUAGAAAAGGCGGAAGGAGCGAAGCUCGCUGAAGACGACCGCGCAGAAUCCGCAGCAGACUUAGAGCUGCAAAUCGCAGAGGCUGAACGCGAGCUCGACGACCUUCUUGACCAAGCACUGGAAGACAUGGUCGAAAGUGAAGACGAGUCGACUGCGUCCGAGAGUGAAGAUGUGUCGGAAGAGACAACGCCUAACGCCUUACGUAUGGGCCGGCUGGUUGGCGAGGGCGAAACGCCGGAACACUUCUGCUUGGAAAACACGCGCGAGAGAACGCCCUCAGACAGACGCAGAGAGGGCUACGGCGACACAGCGGAACCCAUCACGCCCGACAACGUCCUUUCAAAGUUCUGGGAAGUCGAAAUUCUUCCGGGGGAAAUGUUGUAUCUGCCUGCCGGCUGGUUUCACGAGGUUCAUUCUUUCUCGAGCCGCACCGACCAGAGUAGCGGCGUGACGCAGGGUCAAGCGCCUUUCCACAUGGCGCUGAAUUUUUGGUUUCACCCCCCCGUUUUUGGAGCCUCCUACGAGCUGCCCUACGGAGACACUUUCUGGAAAGACCGCACGCGCCCGCUCUUAGAGGCUCACAGCUCGCUGAUUGCAAAGUUCGACGGCUCAGCCUCUGGGCCACAGACAGCCGACGCGAAAGGCGUCACCGCACCAGCGACAGUGCCCAGGUCCCUUAGAUCAGGACAGGCGGAAGGCGGAGAAAAUGCAGCACAGAAAAGCGACGGAGAGAGGCAAAAGGAAGACGCAGACGAAGAGAGCAGCGGAUGCUUCUACUCGAGCGGAAGCGGCAGCUGUCGAAAGGAGACACCCGGCAGCAGAAAACGACUGCACGGCUCCCGCGCAGCGCAAACAGAUUCUUUUCAAAGCACACUGCGGAUUGGACAGAAACGCCUUGUUGAUGCCUGGCAAGCGCACUGUGCUCUCAAAUACGCGGGGAGAAGGUGCCUCAUGUAUCGAGUCCGGCCCGAGUUUUGCUACUUCUUCGAUCCUGCAUGA